AACUCUCUGUUUCUCUCUCUCUCAAACGCUCAUUCUGCGGCAGCGGACAAUCCUAAUACGAAUAACCGCCGUUGGAUUAUGCUACACCGCCUUUGUCUCCACCGUCGAAACCACGAACAACAAUGCCGGAGUUAUUUUUAGGUGGAGGCGUGAGCAUUGUCGACAAUGGGCGUGAAUUAUGACCAAUUUUGUUGAUAUUGAGAAGGAUUGGAGAUAAGGUCGCUCCUCAGUAUGUCUGAUUUGGUGGCGCGAACGGGUCGGCAUCAGCAACGUUAUGAUGCGGGUUGUCGGCUUAUUGCAGGGUGUAUACCAUUUCGAUAUAGAAAUUCUGAUCAAAGUGAUGAUGCUAAUACGGAGCACGUUGUGGAAGUUCUUAUGAUAAACUCAACCAGUGGCCCUGGCCUAUUGUUUCCAAAGGGAGGCUGGGAGAAUGAUGAAACUGUGGAGGAGGCUGCUGUGAGGGAAGCUGUUGAAGAAGCCGGAGUUCGAGGGGAUUUAAUGGAAUUUUUAGGUCAAUAUCACUUCAAGAGUAAAACACACCAGGACGAAUUUUGCCCAGAAGGUUGUUGUAAAGCUGCAAUGUUUGCGCUGUUUGUCAAGGAGGAGCUUGAUUCAUGGCCGGAGCAGAGUAUCCGAACCAGAAGAUGGUUAAAUAUACCUGAAGCAGUCGAGAGUUGCCGCCAUCAAUGGAUGAGAGAGGCACUUGAAUGUGGCUUCAUUAAGUGGCUAGCCAAUAAGGAGUCAAAUGCAGGGGAGGAUCUUUGAAAUGUAAGUUGAUACACUGAGAGUUCAUAGAGCUGACGCUGCGUGCUCGUCUGCAAUGAAACACGGCCUCCCGCUACUUUGGGGACAAUUUUCUUGUUCUAGUACUUUUUAUCAACACCCAACAGCAGAAUGCUUUUGCUAUUCAGAAUUUACAUAAUGAUACACUGGUUUUUUUUGUUGUAUUGAGUUUCCUGGCCCUCUGAUGUAUUUUAAUUCAGAGAGUUACCAAAAUGUCACUGAUUACAAACACAGUGGUAGACGUUUAGAUGUUUAAUUAUGGAUCAGUUUAACCUGAA